AUGUAUAUAUAUAUAUAUUCAAGCCGUUGUGUUUUCUUGUGAACUGCGAUCUCACUUCCUUCAAACUGCAAAUACACCUUAAAGCUAAAGGCUGUCUUUUUUUGUGUCUCUCUAAAACACUUUUUUCAAUGGCUUAUGAAGGUAUUCUCUUGGGCAUGGGAAACCCACUUCUUGACAUCUCUGCUGUUGUCGAUGAAGACUUCUUAAAGAAGUAUGAUAUCAAGUUGAACAAUGCCAUACUUGCUGAGGACAAGCACUUGCCAAUGUAUGAGGAUAUGGCUAACAAGUUUGAUGUGGAGUAUAUUGCUGGGGGUGCGACUCAAAAUUCUAUCAGAGUUGCCCAGUGGAUGCUUCAAAUCCCUGGUGCAACUAGUUACAUGGGUUGCAUUGGUAAGGACAAGUUUGGAGAGGAAAUGACAAAAAACUCAAAGCUUGCUGGUGUUAAUGUGCACUAUUAUGAGGAUGAGACUGCACCAACAGGGACCUGUGCUGUCUGUGUUGUCGGUGGUGAGAGAUCGCUUGUUGCCAACUUAUCAGCUGCAAAUUGUUACAAAUCAGAGCAUUUGAAGAGACCAGAAAAUUGGGCGCUAGUUGAGAAGGCAAAAUAUUUCUAUAUUGCUGGGUUUUUCCUUACUGUAUCCCCUGAAUCCAUUCAACUUGUUGCUGAACAUGCUGCUGCAAAGAACAAGGUUUUCAUGAUGAACCUUUCUGCUCCAUUCAUCUGUGAGUUCUUUAGGGAUGUGCAGGAGAAAGUACUACCGUACAUGGACUAUGUCUUUGGUAAUGAGACCGAAGCCAGAACAUUCUCAAAGGUUCAUGGUUGGGAGACUGAUAAUGUUGAGGAGAUUGCUCUAAAGAUUUCUCAAUGGCCCAAGGCUUUCGGAACACACAAGAGAAUUACCGUUAUCACCCAGGGAGCAGAUCCUGUUGUGGUUGCCGAGGAUGGAAAAGUGAGAUUAUUCCCUGUUAUCUUGUUACCAAAAGAGAAGUUGGUCGAUACCAAUGGAGCAGGGGAUGCAUUCGUUGGUGGAUUUUUGUCGCAGCUAGCCCAAGAGAAGCCGAUUGAAGAAUGUGUAAGAGCUGGUUGCUAUGCAUCAAAUGUUAUCAUCCAAAGGUCAGGCUGCACAUAUCCUGAAAAGCCUAGCUUCAGUUAAAAGCCUAGCACCUCUUGGCUCAGCCACUUAUUUUCUGUUAGUUGUGAGAGUUGAUCUUAUGGCAAAUCUGCUCUUGUCCCGUUGCAUCCGGUGCAGGAGAUUAUUCAUUUCGGUUUUUUAUUCUCUUUCAUAGUCAUAUGAUCCCUGAACUUGGUUGAGAUUAUAUGUGAUGUUAUUUUAGAACAGAUGGUUCAGCAUUCUUCAAAAUUUUCAAAAUGAACUAAAUAGGGUUCUGAUAGGAUUCUAUUGGAGCAUCUUCAUGUAUGAGUCAGGCUAUAAUUUGUUGGUCUGAUUUCUGAACUUAGUUCAUGUUGAUGAAGGCAUCACUUGUUAAUUCAAGCUUGCAGCCAAUAAAAAAGGAUGCUUCCAUCUAUAGCUAUUUUUCUUUUCCUGUUGAAGUACUUUCUUAUCUUAUAUGAUCCACUUCUUGUUGUAUUAAUUGGUAUACAAACAUCUUUUC